AGUACCAGGCUGCAGGACAGAGAGCGAGUGUGAGUGAGAGAGAGAGAGAGAGAGAGAGAGAGCGGAACAGAGGGAAACAGCAGGAGAAAUAGAGUGAUAGAGAUAGCUAGAAGAUGGAGGUGCAGUCAGAAUGCGUGGAACCUCCUCCACCUACUCCUUCUGUUCCCCCAUGCGACCCCCAACCUCCAGGGAAGAUCAACAAAGCAGCCUUAAAGCUGUUUGGAAAACGACGCUCCAGCUCCGGAAUGGCCAGAUUCUUCUCCUUCAGGAACAAAGAGGCCAAUGGGAAUGGGAAUUCCGAGAAUGGGAAUUCUGUGAAUGGGAAUUCUGUGGGGGCGGCUAACGAGCUCGUCAGGAGUAAAACGCAUGAUGGACUAACAAGCUCGGAGACAGAUGGACAGAGAGGGGAGGAGUCUGGAAUAUCAGAGGCGGGACAGGUGAGGUCUCUCAGCAAAUCACUGAGCUUCUUUUCGCUGCUCAGACGAGGAAGUGUGAGAGCUAAUGAGAAUACAGGGUUUGGAAGCAGGGGGAGGGGUUUAAAAGGCUUCUUUAGUAGUAUAAGGUGGCGGCGGAAGGAGAGAGUGAUGGAGGGAGAGGUGGGGGUAACUGAGGGGAGGGAGGUGAGAGAGGGAGAUGUGAUUCUAAAGGAGGAAGUGAAAGACGUCACUCUGACCCUUGAACCCCAGCCCCGCUCACCACAGGAGGAUAAUGGGAGCUUGGAAGCUGAGCUAAACACAGAAUCAGCGAGAACUUCUCCCGCAGACAACGCCACAACACCACUCACGCACUCUACUGCCAUGACGACAAACCUGUCAGAAUUCCCCUAUACACCAUCCCCUUCCCCUCUUCACUCUGCCUUUCACUCAAGAACCAAAACGUCCAUUUCCUCAGCAACGGCCACCCCCCCUCUGGAUCGGUGUGACCCCACCUCUGAACCCUCAGUGGACCGGCUCUGUUCACUCCUCUUCACUGACGUCACCUCGCUCAAGAGCUUUGAUUCGCUGACAGGAUGCGGUGAUAUCAUCGCAGACGCAGAGGAGGAGGUGGCAGGAAACGUGGGAGGAGGAAAUGGAGGAGGAGGAAGUGUCACCAGUAGUAGCAGUAGCAGUGGGGGAGGGGUAGUACGCAGCUCCCCAGCUAAAUCCUCCAUUACUAACCAUGCCACCCCUUCCAGCAUUACCCCUACCCCCACUUCCGCCCCUGCCCCCCUCCCAGCCAGGGCACGGCUGAUGCCCUCCCACUCUGCCCCGAUUCAGCAGCCCUCUGGCAGCGGCGUGGUGGCCUACAUGGGGGGUGGCGAGGAGAUGGCCAGCCCUGACGGGGUGGACGACGCAGACAUGCAGGGGCUCUGGCACAUGCUCCCCUCUGGGGGAGAUAACUCCCCCGCCCUCCCCCGACCCAGCUCUCACCCGGCUCCCCCCAGGGGUACAGAGCGGAAACCCCCCCAGGUCAAGUCUCUGGGACUCAGCAAGAUCCCUUUAGUGGGGGGAGGAAGGAUGAGUAAACUCCCCACUCAUGCUGCCCGUCAAACCUCUUUGCCCAAUGAGAAGGACACUAAGGAGGAGGUCCAGCCCCAACAGGAUGUCCCGGCCCUUAGAGACGAGGGCUAUUGGGAUACGCCCUCUGCAACCCCCACGGCAACGCCUGACGACGGCUUCCUGCGGAACCAGAGGAUUGGUUUAUCGCGUGACAGCUGCUCUGGCGACGCGCUGUACGACCUCUACAAUGAGGAAUUGGACAGAUCUGAUGAAGAGGAAGAAGAUCUGACAAGUACUCCUUCCCUCUCCACUGACGACUACAAACGCAGCGCUCCCUCCCAGACUACUCCUCCUUCCUCUUCCUCCUCUUCAUCGUUUCGCUCGAUGAAGGGAAGCACUAGCCUUCCCCGCGAGUCCAAAAUCCCUCUUAGUGUCAGACAGAACACACCCCCUCACUCGGUGAGCCAAUCAGCUCUUUCCACUGUCCUCACAGCCACUCCUCCCUCUGACACACCCACCCAAGCUCCUCCCCCAGCCCGGACCAGGAUCCCUGUCUCCAAGGUGCCAGUCCGUCGCCCUAGGAACAAGCCCGGCAACGCUACACGAGGGCCAGCCCCCAGGAAGUAAGUCUGGACGAGGCAGCCAUGGACUUUGAUGUCUUUGGUUAGAACUAGACAACAUCACUGGACUAGUGUGUAUGACAUUGCCGGACUGGUGUAUUGUGAAAUGCAUCAGACAAUGAUAAAGACUUGAAAGAGAGUGAUAGGAGCUCUAAACAACACUUCCAUUGGUUCUGGUGGGUCACGCCCCCAAAAGUUAAAGUUAAAAACAAAACAUCUACAUCACUGGACUUGUGUAUGCAGCAUCACUGGACUUGUGUAUGCAGCAUCACUGGACUUGUGUAUGCAGCAUCACUGGACUUGUGUAUGCAGCAUCACUGGACUUGUGUAUGCAGCAUCACUGAAAUUAUGUGUAUGGGACACUUUUAAAGACUUAAAGACAUUUUCGACAACUCUCAGCGCUUUUGAAUAUGUAAACAAUGGUCACAGAAUUCAACUGCACUGCACACCACUAGGAAUGACUAGAGAAGCUUUUCUUCUUCUCUUCUGUUUCUGAAACACAGAUUUUUACAUGAUACCACGUGUUUAAUCUAAUGACGGCCUAAUCUAAUGAAACAGUUUGUAAUAAUCUAAUUGUUAACUAAUUACCUCCUAAUCCCAGACUACAUUCACAGUCUCAAUCCUCAUCUACAUCUUUUUUAAUGCCGUUUAGCAGGCGCUUUUAUCCAAAGCGAUGUGUGCAAUUAUUUCUACGUAUGGGUGGUCCCGGGAAUCAAACCCACUAUUCUGGCAUUACAAGCACCAUGCUCAACCAGCUGAGCUACAGAGGAGCAAUACAGGACUAUUAAAGGCCCAGUGCACUACUUUUGUGAUUUAAAAAAAAACUAUUUUUGUAAUUUUCUUCAGCACCCCUACUUCCCGUGGCAAUGUGGGGUGUACUGUUGACUGUUCUUCUCCCAGUUCUAAAGUACCAGUGGAUAACAGUGGUGACAACAUUGCUAAAAACAAUCAGAAAGCAUUUAUAAAUGUAUUUUUACUAAGGUGUACAUGGAGAUCACCGGAUACAACACCUCACCUUGCCAGUGAACAUAACCAAGAAACAACAUCACAAAACGUAAUCGUCCUAAGUGAAUGACAAACACACACAUUCUCCUCUGGACCAUAUGUGCUCCACCACUCGAACAAGCAACUACUGUACUAUGAUGACCUCGCACUGGAGAAACAGCAGCAGGUUCAAUCUCUCUGGAAUUAACAACUAUAACAAACCAACCAAUAAAAACACGGAAUAAGUAACGCAAUAGUGAGACAGCAUUGAAGGAUGUUCCUCUACUGACUGAAGAACGACCACUGAACACUCCUCUCUUGCUGCAUGAGGUGCCUGGAACACAAGGCACUAGGUUCAGGGAACACAGUCUACACUAAGGACACACACCACGUCAAGGACUCUAUUUCACACAAACACACACACACACACACACACACACACACACACACACACACACACACGCACACACACACACACACACACACACACACACACACCAAGGAUUACUUUCUUCUCUACCAGGACACAUUAAUACAAUGAUUUUUUCUACUGAGUAAUUUGUUCUUCACUGGUUUUCAUACUCUUUUUAUAAGAUAAUGUUUCAUGAGACACCGCAAACAACCUUCACUGCGAACCCCCCCCCCCCUUCCCCUACUGGGCACAAACUGGUUGAAUCAAGUGUUUCAACGUAAUUUGUCAAUGUAUUGUGACGUGGAAUCUAUGUGGAAAAUAUCAUCCUGUUGUUUUGAAGGUGAAAUUUCAACCAGAGAAUAAUGGCAUCACGGUAACCAAAUUUCAACCAGAGAAUAAUGGCAUCACGGUAACCAAAUUUCAACCAGAGAAUAAUGGCAUCACGGUAACCAAAUUUCUACCAGAGAAUAAUGGCAUCACGGUAACCAAAUUUCAACCAGAGAAUAAUGGCAUCACGGUAACCAAAUUUCAACCAGAGAAUAAUGGCAUCACGGUAACCAAAUUUCAACCAGAUAAUAAUGGCAUCACGGUAACCAAAUUUCAACCAGAGAAUAAUGGCAUCACGGUAACCAAAUUUCAACCAGAGAAUAAUGGCAUCACGGUAACCAAAUUUCAACCAGAGAAUAAUGGCAUCACGGUAACCAAAUUUCAACCAGAGAAUAAUGGCAUCACGGUAACCAAAUUUCAACCAGAGAAUAAUGGCAUCACGGUAACCAAAUUUCAACCAGAGAAUAAUGGCAUCACGGUAACCAAAUUUCAACCAGAGAAUAAUGGCAUCACGGUAACCAAAUUUCAACCAGAGAAUAAUGGCAUCACGGUAACCAAAUUUCAACCAGAGAAUAAUGGCAUCACGGUAACCAAAUUUCAACCAGAGAAUAAUGGCAUCACGGUAACCAAAUUUCAACCAGAGAAUAAUGGCAUCACGGUAACCAAAUUUCAACAUAGAAAAAUCAGAUAUAAUACUCCAACAUAUCAAUGAUUAAUUUGCAGACAAACUAGAAUUAAAGCCAGAGUAAGUCAGUGGCACAGAUGGAACUAUCCAAGCAGAAGAUAAAUAUCUUUCAAAUGUUGAUAUUUGGUUGUGUUGACAAAAAAAUAAACACAAUUCAAUUUCACUUUCGAAAUACAAUAAAAAGCCGAUUAACUUGUUAACAAAUGAUAUGUUGGAUUCAUGUCUCCAACUCAACCAAAAAUACAGUGCCUUGCGAAAGUAUUCGGCCCCCUUGAACUUUGCGACCUUUUGCCACAUU